GAGAUGAGUCUGUUAUUAGUAUUCGGGUGAUGGUCAAUCGAAAUUCGACGGUCUUUAAACACAGCAUUGAUGCAGUGGCAUUCUCAUCCAAUUGGAAUUGAUAUAUGACGGAAAUCUCGGGAAUAUAACCAGAAAGUCCAUUAAUUUCGGAAGGAGGUGAUUUGAAAUAGGAAUCAAUAGGAUUAUGACGUUCGAAGUGGACUCUACUCGGGCACCAAGAGUCAAGACAAUAGAGUAGCACCCGGAAGGUUUCGGCGUGGUCGUUCUUGAAUUUUCGCUGUCUUGUCUCGUGGAUCAGGACUGCAUCCUUAUUAUCCUGGCUACGCAACACCGGAUGAAAAACAAGCUCGCCUUUGUAAUUUGCCUGUUGAUUCAUCUUGAUAUUUCAGAGGCAGCAGAGACCAUCCUUCACAAGUGCUCAAUGUAACUGCCUUAGUAAUUUGGUUACUUCACCAGUCUUUCAAAUGAUGGCUUUGUUCAGGAGUUGAUUAAUGUCCUCUCCUGACUCAGUGACUGAUUUCAAACUUUGAUUUGCUCUGUUUCGCUGGAGCUUUUUAUUGAACAAGAUGUGUGACAUAUUCGGCGGGGAUACACUGCCUUCCAAGGUACAGAGAUGGGGAGUACUGUGGAAGAAGCCUUUCAGUCAAAACGGAUCAACAAAAUGGGCAAAAAGGUUUUUCAUCAUAAAGGAAGGGUUUCUCUUGUACUACUCUGAAAAUGAGAAGCGAGACUUUGAGAGAAAACGACACUUCAACAUGCACCCAAAGGGUGUGAUCCCAUUGGGUGGAGCUAUUAUAGAGAUGGUCAAUGACCCCACCAAGAUGUGUGCCUUCAGGAUCGUCCACGAUGACCUCAAUGGUUCAAUAUAUCUCGCAACCGACACAGAGUACGACAGGGAGAAAUGGGUGGAUAUCAUGCGCAAAUCAGGAAGAAUAACAUGGAAGAAUGCGGAACUGGGUGAGUCCAUGAUCCAGACGUUGGAAAAACAGAGUCUUGAGCUGGCGAGGGACAGCCAGAGGUAUAGAGAACAGCUUCACUUAGAGGCACUGGCACUCAGAGACGAGAUGGACAAAAAUGAGGAGCUUGAGAAAAUCGCUAUUGAACUGGAGGAAGAGAAGAUGAAGAUUGAAAAUACAGCAAGAGAACUCUUAGAUGAACAUGAGAGAACAAAAAUGGAGUUGGAGGAGACAAUGAAUGCUAUGCAACAAGUAGCGAGUGAGAAAGAACAACUAAGUCAAGCAUCUGAAAGUUAUCUAGAAGGUAUCAAGGCCCUUGCUCAGGAGAGGGAACAGAAAGAGUUGGAGCUGCAGAGACGAGAAUCUGAGAUGCAGCAACUUAGCAGUGUGAACAAGACAUUGGUCUCCGAAACAAAUGCCCUCAAGGACAACCUCAAAGACAUUGAGAACAAGACAAACCUGCUAGAGAAUGAACUCUGCGUCAUAGAAGACAGGUUAAAGGAGAAGGAGGUCCAAGCAGAAAUCCUCGAAGAGGAGAAGAGGUCUUUCAAUUUACAAGCCAGAGAACUGGAGUCAUCAUUACAUGACUUGACGGUACAGAAGGAAUUAACAGAUGCAGAGCUGAAGGAAGAGAUCAUCGCCAGACGAGAUGCCGAGAGACGGCUCAAGAAGGCGGAGGACUCCCUCUCGAGGUUAGAGUCAGCGCUGAAGGAGGAGAAGUCAAUGGAAAGACCGGAACCAAGAACAGAGAGACAGAGUCAGCUAGAUGUUGAGAUCUUCACCAACGUGGCGCAUCUCAAACGUUUCUUUGAGGACAUCGCAGCAGAGGCCCAGUUAGACUCCAACAAACCUAUCAUCAUGAAGAAUGCAAUCCACGCUCGCAAGUCACUCGUACGCAAGACAAAAAGCUUUAAAUUCAGGAAAGAGAGAGAUCGCAACCAUGCUAGACACAAUCGUACUCCAGAUGAAAGAAGAGGUUUCGCCUCAUUCCGUGUCGCAGACUCCCAGAAACUGUCCUCCCUCUCCUCCAUGCGGCACUCGGUCGCCAUCGGUAACCAAAUCAACGACCACUUUGUCUUGGACCUGAACACCAGGGAUGGCGACGACUCCUCCAGCGACCCUUCCCGUCGCUCCCUGGACUUUGAUGACCUCACGAUGCUGUCGGCGACCAAGGGCGGACUCACCAGCCCCCCUCACACCCUGAAGACAAGAGGGACGAAGCAGAGUUACGAUAGCACAGGGAGCGGAGGAGGUGCGGACGAUGAGAGUAGUUCGGUGUCCAGCAGCACGACAGAUGGUCUGAACUCACCCAUACCUGGAGAGGCUGAUGAUCUUCAUGUUGCUUUCGAGCAGAAAAUAUGAAUCUAGAUUCCAUAAGUUGAUUGUUACUACAGUAAUUGCCUGGCUGAAGGUGGAGGGUGGUAUUAUCCACUGGACAGCAAGUUAUGAUAUGCACUGAUUUAACUUGCUUUUAAGAAGGAAAUAAGACAAGUUGUCCCAUGGAUGUUAGCCUUUCAUACGUAGCCCUUGCCAUGAUCAACUUACUGCACAAAGGGGCCGUUUCAUAAAGCUGUUCGUAAGUUAAGAGUGACUUUAAGACGACUGGUGUUCCUUUCUUGUGGUAAAUGAUAUACACUAUUGAAUGUUUCUUGAUGAUUAUUUGGCACGGAAGAAAUGUUCACCAGUUCUUAAAGUCACUCUUAACUUACCAACAGCUUUAUGAAUCUGCUGCAAGGUUUGAUUCACUAAUGAGGAUCAAUUGGGAAUGGAUUCGGAUCCAAACUUGAUAUCUAUUUCACUCUACUAAUUCACUAAUAUCAUGAAAGAAAUUACAUUAGGUGUGUGUUUCAUAAAGCUGAUCAUAAGUUACAAGUGACUUUAUGAAUGAUACGGGACCCUUUCUUACAAGGUAAAUCAACAUCAAUGACAAUUUGGUGUUAUUUCCCACAGGUAAGGGCCACCGGUCAUUCGUAAAGUUGAACGUAACUCACAAACAACUUUAUGAAACACCUACCUGGACCCCCAUCUUACAAAGAGUUACAAUCAAUCGUAACAAUGGAAAUCCAUCAGUGUCAAAAUUCUUUCUACAGGAAAUUUGCACAAUGUCUUUUGUAAACAAAGAGAAGCACAGCAAAUUUUCAAGAAAACAUUGAAUGCAUGAAUAUACAUCAUAGUUAGAAAAUAUUUUGAACAAACAUGCAUAAUAGAUGUUGACCUUGCUGGCCAUCCACAAUUUUGAUUGAUCAGAUCAAUCGCAACUCUUUGUAAGACGUGGCCCAGGAAUCACCAGGAAUAUAUUUGAAUGGGUUCUCUAUCCCUGAGAUCAAGUUAGUAAAGUUGAAGAAUCAGAAACAGUGUUUCCCUUUAAAUUGCACUCACCAACCCUCUGGUACAUUAAAAGAAUUGUACAUGGAGAUUGCAUAAAUUUUAGAUAUCAGUAGUGACAAUUUUUUUUUCCUAACAAUUGAAAGAAAACUGGGGAUUUCUGUUGAGACAACAGUAACAAAAUUUAGAGUGGCUUAAGGGAACAUAUUGUUAUUCAAAGCUUUACUGUGGUGAAUAUGGAGUGAUACAUUUAAAUGAUAUAAGCUUUGAUCAUAUUAUGCUGCAGGUUUCAUAUGUACAAAAUAAUUAGUUCAUUCAGCAUCUGUACAUGCACAUUAAAUAUAGGCCAAGGGUGUACAUUUUGUAUGUGGUUUAUGUAUACAUGGCCUCAGCUCAGAUAAUUGUGUGAUGCUUUUCAGUCAAAGUGCCUUAAUUUGAUAUUCAUUAUGCGUUUGCAUAUUUCUUGGAGAAAACAUUGAUUAUUUGGAAAAUUCAGUUUGGUGUUAAAUAUCACAGUAUUAAAGCAUUAUCACUCUACCAUAGUCUAGAUCCUAACUUUUGUUAAAUGUGAAUGCUACUUUGACGACUUGAUUUCUCAUAGUGUUAUUCUUUUGAGAUUGAGUUUUACCCAAGUUUUUACACUAGGUGCCUUAUAUAUAAAUAAUUCCUCUCCUAGAUGCCUUUGUAUCUUGUUUAGAGCUCAUUCUCAACUUUUAUGAUGUGACUGUUUUUUUUUCUUAUUUUAUGGCUUCAGUCACACCAACGAAAUCUGGGUCUGUUGCAUAAAAAUUACUAUUUAUGAUAACCUUGCCAUCUAAUGGUAACUACCAUGGCAACAAUAGUCAACAGCCAAUUAAAAUCAAGGAUUCCAUGAAAGAUACCAUUGGAUGGCAAAGUUACCAUAAUAGUAACUGUUAUGCAAGGGGGCCCUGAAAACUGACCCAUUAUAUGUCGUAAUGUAGCAGCUUUGAUUGGUAUUGUAAGAAAGAGCCUUCCUAGCCUAGCACCUUUUUGGGCAAAAUAAUUUUCUUUGGGUUUGAUUUGAUUAAUUUAAAGGAUAAUAAAGGUUUAAAUACAUGUUCGAGGCUUCUUUAAGCCGACAUUUAUAUCUUUUAACUUGACUAAACACACAAUAUGUCUUAUUUUAUAUAUUUGAGAAAGUCUUACUUGAAAUCGAACAAGUGCUACGAUCUUACGCGAAGCUCUAUGCUGCCAUUUUGUUUGGACUGCCAGGGACUGACAGUUUUGCGCUCUACAUGUAUGGUUGGCUAUACUGUGGCUUACUUUCACUAUUAAAACUCUACAAUAAACUCAAUGCAAAAAAAAUAUUUCAAGUCAUAUUUCCAACUGAAUUAAAUGUUUUUAGCCUCUACUUAUCUGAUUAUUUUUUUUUUCAAAUAGUUAAAUUUUACAUUUUAAUUGUUUAAAAGCAUAAAUAACAUCAGAAUUUUCACUUCAUCUAAUUGAUCAUCAAGCCAUCGCAUAGUCAGCUGCGGAUAGCGUGUAUUACUAGUCUACUGCCGCAAUGGGUUUUACCCAUUCGUCUUUCUACUUUUAAUCGUACACCCGAAGGCCUGGCAGUACGACAUGAUCUUUGGGUUUUUUUAUCUUGAAUGCUAGCGAAAGAUCAUAUGGCUAUUAAUCGCGGCACACUUAAUUAUGUACAGGAUACUAGUACCAGGUUGAGCAUUUCGCAAGUAGAGCACAAUUUGGUCAUAUCUUUGCUGGGGGUCACUGGAAUCCCAGACAAAAUGGCAGCCUGCUAAAGACUGAAUACGCAUCUCGUAGCAGGCGAUGAUUGCAUUUUAAAAGUUGAAUAACUUUGUAAUUUGGGGGCCUACAGACCUGCCCGAUACAUCAUAUUGUAGGUAAUAAUGUUCGCUAUUUGAUAUUGAUGUAAAUGUGCAAAUCCUUCAUUCUCCUUUAAGUUUGUAAUCAUUUCUCAUGUAGCAGUGUUAUCAGUCAUUCAAUAUGAACUAAUUCGGUGAAGAAAUUUUUUAUCAUACAAUAAUUGUAAUGACCGUAAUCAAAUUUUCAGUGCUUCAUAAAUUCAUAUAUGCAUUUAUACAUAAAUAUCUAUCUAUAAACAACUCAGAAAUGUACAUCUAAGAAUACUCCUGUGCAUGUACAUGCUCAUCUUAUUCAUGAAUGAAUCGUUUGUAUCACUGCAUUUAAUUGGUUAAUUAACAAACAGCACAUUUGACGCUGUAAUUAGAGUAAUAUGUAGAUAUGGUGCUCCUUAUUUUAAUCUGCAUUUGACAUGUUUUGUGUAUCACUUUCUUGCACUUGUGGUAUGGGAUAGAAUAGUCAACAUAGAGAGUAAGGUUGAGAAAGAGGGAGUUGUGAGAAGAGAGGGAGAGAGUGAGAGAUGGGAAGGGGGAUGGGGCAAGAGUAUAUGAAUAAUGAAAUGGGAGUCGGGUAUUUGUGUAAACUUGCGGCACCUAGUCGAAUUUAACUGUUAAACGAUAUAACCCUUGUGAUAUAUUGUCUUUCAAGUAUAUUGGAAUAUUAUCUUUUAAUCCAUAAUAAAAUCAGAUUUUCAUACCAACCGGUACCUCUAUAUACCAUUGACCAAUGUUUUGUGCAUUAAUUAUCACUAGUGCCUGUCAGGAUGAUUACUAUGAAAACUUAAAUGUACCUUAAAAUAUUGUUUAAUCAAAGUGUAGAUAAAUUCUUUCAUAAACUGUGCCCGAUUUCAUUUCAGCUGUGGGAAUAUUUCAUGAACUCUUUAUGCGAGGUUAUGCAUUGACGUUUAAAAACAUUUAGCCCCGUCUUACAAAGGGCUGCGAUGGAUUCAAAUUAAACUCAAAUUCUGCUUGAUCUGAAAUUUAUCACAUUUAACUUUAUAAUUUUAGAUCAGUCAUAAUUUGAGUUUGUUUUUUAAGACCGUGCCCUAGAAUUUAUCCAUCAUAUCAAAAUUGCAAUCGAGUUGACAAAUCUAUUUUGUAAAAUAGUGAUUUCCCUUUUCUCAGACAAAACCCCUGUUAAUCAUAAACUUUUUGUAAAUUCUAUAUGAAAUAGGUGUCAUAUGAGACAGUAUUUAUGCCAAGAUGCAGUAACACAAUUUGUCUGAUACCCAGAUUAGAUAUUAUUUCAGUUAUAAACUUAGUUUAUAUUUGACUUUUAUAUUCAACGGUGUAAAAAAGAGAUCUAUUGUUUAAAGUGAACCAUCUGUAUAAAGAGAAUGUGUAUUUGAAAAUACCUUUAUUAUUUUAAGUGCAUGUUAUUUAAUCGGAUGAAUAGCAUUUAAGGUGCUCUCUGCGAAAGUCUUUUUACCUGAAGGAAAAAUAAAAAUUAGUUAAAGAAAUUUUUUAUUCUGUUUUAUAUCAUGUAAACCUCAUGUAUAGGUACCAGUGUAGAGAUAUUUGAUGAAAAGAAAUGAUUAUUUUUGUAUAACCGGGGAUGCAACAUAUGUACAUAAAUUACUGUAUAUUGAAUAAGCCUAAGUGAAUUAUGCAUUUGAAUUAUUGUUUGAACGAUGACGGCGUAAUAUUAGAAUGCGAAUCAAUCAUGUGUCUUUGAAAUUUGUAGAAGUAAAGACAAUUGAUGAAAAGUUUGUAUAUAUUUCUUAAAUUGCUUUGCAAAUCAUUGCAAUGAUUUAUUGAUUAAAAAAAAGAAGAUCUGUA